UUUUAAAGUUUCUAUUUUUUGUCUUAUUAAGUAACAUCUUUAUCUAUUUUAUAUUCGCGUUUUUGAAACGAUUUUCUUUACCAUCGUCGUAUCUUCAUCGGAAGACCCGGGUCGUCUGCCGAACGUCCAAUAUAGCCGCGAGUCGGCCAUAAAAAAGUAGCGGAGAUCGGGGCGCGGGCGUUAAAAAUAUUCAAGAUCGUUUGUCAGGCUGAAUUACAGUCCCCGGUCGUAUCCCUCUCCCCCGCCGUCAUCUUCACCGCCCUGGCAGAGCGGGAUUCUGCGGUACGCGUUGCGCAACGCGGAGAGGGUAAGGCAGUCGGGCGAUGAGGAAGGGGGUGGCAAGAGCCCACGACGGCGGCGGCGGCGACGACGACGGCGACGACGACGACGACGACGACGACGACGACGACGACGACGAUCCCAGGCACAUGUGUCGAACCUGAAAUAUGUAGGCGUGGUCUGGACGGUGCUAGCAGACGCGUCCCGACGAGCGAAUAUGUUCACCCCGUUGCUACGCUCCACCCCCGUAUAAAGCUGCAGAUACUGCCAUUGGCCAGUGCCACCCUCGUCGCGCCUCCACCUGCCACGCUCGCGCUACCCUACGCGACGGCUACCCCUAAAUACGGGGGAUGCGCGAACAGCAUCCUCAUUUUAACGCGAACCGCCGAUACGGCUCUGAGUGUUCGCCACUUUAGUACACCCCGGACUGUACACCAAAUCGGUGUGUCCGUUAGGGGGUGUUGGUUUUGUUCUUUGUGGCUUAUUUCGGACUCUCGUGCAAGCAAAGAUCGGUUUUGGCGAGAUAGCCUUGUGAGAAAAAGUGUAAUUUGAUGCCUUAGAGAAGAUCGAAGAAGAUCCAGCUUGAGGUAUGGGAAACGUGGUCCAACUAGUGUAGCUCACAGACCGCGUAUUUAGAAGACCGCGUGUAUUUAGGAGAAAACACUUGCUAUCAUAAUCUGGUCGAUCAUCCGGAGCGAGCAGGAUGACAAUGGAAGAUCGCACGGGUGGCAUCGACCGUGCCACCCCCGCGACCUCGACGCCAGCCACGACGGCACUGACGUCGGCGUGCCCCGCGUCCAUCAGCGACGUCACGCCUGACGCUUCGUACCCCCUUCAACGAACUAACAAACGCUCCUUCGACGUCGCCUUCCUCGUGGCACCCGAUGAGAACCUGGCGCGCCGUCAGAACGAAAAAUUACGAUUGAUAACCGGCCGGAAGGAUCGUCCGCGAGACGACAUCUCCGUUGACAAUGUUCUGGACGCUGACAGGUUGCCGCAGAAUCUCACUAUCAAGCAUUACGACAACGAUACCGAUGGUUCGGAGAGAAGAAGAUUGUUGCAAUGCACGGAAAACUCGCUGAGUCCGCCGUACGUAUCGCCUAGAACCAUGACGCCAACCUUGCCAGGACUUUCCCCAGAUUCUGACGCAAGGAGAUACGCGCCGGUCAGUGGUCGACUUCAGAAAACUCCGAGUCCGCCUACUUUUAUCAGUCAUCAUCAGUCUAUGUUGACCUGUCCAGAAUCGACGAAUUCGUCGGUGUUAUCCUGCACGAAGGUUUACGAGACUAGUAUCCCCACGACCGAUCGUCACGGUGAAUCCCGCAGUGCCUUUACGAAGGUAAAUCUGGUCGGGCAGCGAAACGGCUUCAACGAUGACGGUCAAGCCUCACCGAGGUCAUCGAUAUCGCCGGAUGAUCGCGCGAGUUAUCAAAGCAGCGUCAGUCCGCCGGUGGUGUCGUUGCCCGGGGCGACGAGCUACAAGUAUGCGCCAUUCCCCACCAAGAUGGCGUAUCCCUUUCUGACCAUGGGAGCAGAGGCCGGUCAGACGGGGCUGCUGGAGAACCUAAAAAUCCCGCAGAUCGCUCAACCGCCCAAAGUACCCAGUCCGAAGGUAUCCGCUUUCCGACCGGACCUUCCGCAGGUCUACCCCAACCUUUCUUACAAUCCCAUCUCCGUAUUCCCGCCGAUGGCGGACGCUCUUGCCAGGCCGAGGUUCCUGGCUACGGCCGCUGGGGUGGCCGGCCUCCUGCCACCGUCGUUCGCAGCUCUGACUUUACCGGCGCAAAACGUUUGCGCCAAGUGCAACCUAUCGUUCCGUAUGACCUCCGACCUGGUCUAUCACAUGCGCUCUCAUCACAAGAAUGAGAAUAUGGCUGAGGCGGCGAGGAGGAGGAGAGAGGAAAAGCUCAGGUGUCCUGUCUGCGACGAGAGUUUCCGCGAGAGACACCAUCUCACUAGACAUAUGACCGCUCAUCAAGAUAAGGAGAGCGAUGGAAUUGUUGAUCAGGUCGAAAUCAAGAGGAGGACUGCUACUGUUCACAGUAAGUGACGUCGAAAACUGCCGCUCGAAGACGAUAUUCUAGGCCCUGGCUAUUCUUUUGAGAACUGAAUUGGUGCGUAACGAGAAGUCGCAGGUUAUGGAGUUUGUGAUAAAAGUGAAAUUGUUGUCCAUUUAUUAUUACAUUUACCUUAUUAGAUUAAGAGAGAAAUUGAGACAUUACUUCUUGCAGAAAAGAAAAUGUUGGAGCUACUCCCUUAUCAGAAAUAUACGAAUUUAAUAUUAUUAUGCUCUUAGUAGUUUUCAGUUUUAUACAUUUUAUUUUUAUCGUAAAUAUAUACACAUAUAUUUCAUAUAUGCACAAUGUGCAGAUUUACACAGAUAUUUAUUUAUUUUAGUUUGCUAAUUUGAAAUCAAUUUUUCCUUAACAAAAACAUAAACUAAUAAUCGAAAGAUUUUAAAUUAAAAGAUUUCCCUGGGAAUUAAAUUUAAGAUUAAGAUUUUCUAUUUUUUAUUUAAGUGGAUAAAUUUGCAAUUUGAAAAUUGAUAUAACACAUAUUCUUAUUAAGGAAAAUUGAUUUAAAAUUGGACAAAAAUUCAAAAAAAAGCUCCUGAAUCUAUGACACUGUGUAGGCGUAUUAUUGCGGUAUUUACAUUGUAUACGUGUGUAAUAAGGAAAUUUUAAUGUUUACAUAGGAAAAUAUCUAUGGAUAUGUCGGGCCAUAUGCACAAAUACUCUAGUACUCACACGAAUACUAUAAGUCAUGCACUGCAAUAAAGACAUUCCCUGUCUAGUCAAUAUUAGGUAGAAACAAUUUGUAAAUAAAUUUAAUUCUUUGAAGUAAGAAAAAUAAGAGUUAUCUGUAAUAAAAUAGAAACGGAGUAAAAGAGCGAGAGUAAACGAGCGAGCGAGCGAACAAGAGAGACAGAGAAAGGGAGGGGAGAGAUAUCGAUAAUUGAAGUAAUUUAAAAUUUAAAAUCUAUAAUUUUUAGGAAAAAAUAUGAACGAAUUAUUGAAAGAUUAGGAAUAACGUUUUUGUAAAUAAGAUAUCAAUUUCUAUAAAUAAUUUUUGUUUCAUAUAAAAAAAUCCAUAAUUUUUGCAUUCUAUGAGAAGAAGAUAAGAAUAUUGAACAAAAUAGAUAUUUAAGAUGUAAUUUCGAUCUUCUAUUGAAAAUUGAAAAAAUAUGAUGAUCUACAUAAU